AUGUACGAUGGGGUGAAAAAGGGUGUGAAAACUUUUGUAUACAAGGUAGAUCGAUCCAUCUCGUCUGGAAGACUCCCACAAUUUAUAUCUUUCUCUCUCUCCUCUCUCUUUCUCUCUACUGCUUUGUCUUCUCGUUUAUGUAGAGGCAUGCCGAGCCUGUACGUACCACCCUCUUCCUGUUCUUCGACGUGGAUCCCUCGACCCCACCUUAGUUUGCUUCCAGGGCAACUUGGACUGCAAGGUAUCUCAGUUUGCGCUGGGCAACCACCCAGACGUAGAUCAUCGCUACGAGGAGCUCAAAAGUCCUCUUCAGAUUCUGAGGUAGCUCUGUUAAAAUUUCGAGAUCGCAAGACUAGAGCUCGGGAUUUACUCCCAUGGCCAAAAGCUCUCGAAACACUCACGGUCGACGAACUCGCACGUUACAGACGUAGGCGAGUACCAGAUAGUCCAAAGGACACCUUGGGAGCUCGUCACUAUGGAGACAAUUACCAUGAAUUCGAAAAUCUUUCCACGGAAUAUAGGAGAGCUUUUAAAGCUACCAGUGAAGAAUCACUAUUGAGAGCCGACGAUGAGAAAAUUUUUCCUCACAAUUUUACUAACAAUUAUUCUAUUCAAUCAAUAAACAAUCCACAAGUUAACAUCAAUGACAAGUCCAUGGAAGCUAUUGAAAUUUCUCGGGUUCCUGAUGUUGCGAAACGAUCACCUAUUCGCAGAGGGACAAGUUUGAAACACGGUGGUGCAUUUUAUACCGACACUGAGUCAGCAAACUAUAAAAUAUAUGAAGGUAUCCACCGUGCAAAACUGGCACGCCGGCCGACUUCCUUGAAGAUGGAGGGAGACAUGCGAACUGUCACGGAACAGUGUGAGAAGUUCAUCGAGUGGUUGAACGUCAGUAGACCAGAGCUCGCACGUAUACCAACUAAUCUAAAACUAGAAGGACAAUUUGAAACGUCUACGGAGAAUCAUGACCAGUAUGUCCCAUUCGUUGGAGCCAGAAGACCGGAAAUACUUCGUCAAAGAGCUCAUCUGAAACUUGAAGGAGAAUCGAAUUUUAUUCCCGAGUAUACUGCUGUUUUUAAACCUCAUACUACUCGAGAAAGAAGAUCUCUAAAAGUGCCAGAGUCACACUUAAAAUCUGGAGGAGAAUUUACCGGCAGAACUGAGCAUUAUCAAAAUUUUCUUGAUCCACGAGGUGCAGUGCCUAUGGAUCAGAGUCAAGAUGAUGUUAUCCAUCAGAUUGAAGAUUCAAAAUUGCAAUUGGAACGUCAAGAACAGGAAUGGAAGAAAGAAGAAGACAUGAACAUGCUGGUGUCCAAACUGGAAGAUCUCAAAGGACCACCUCUGGGGAUACCUGAAUAUAAAGAUGCCUACAAAAACUUCCCACGAGAAAGACCAAAAUUAUUAAAACCCGAGGAUGAAAUAGGUCGCGCAGAUGGCUCGAAAGUUAAUUCAUCAAAUCCAGGAAAAUUUUCAACGAAAAUUGACCAGGAUCCUGAGUACAAAUCCAUGUAUCUCGAUAGAGGCCAACCAAUUUAUCGCAAGCCACCAUUGUCGCGAAGACCAUCAAUAGCUUCGUCAGGUUUCAAUAGACGUCUAGUACCUGAUUUACGACAGUAUCAUCCGACCAGUGAAGUUAGAUCUCAGUAUGUGCCUUAUGGUAAUGUACCACGAACAGAAACACUUAGAAGGCCAGUUAAUUUACGUCCUGAAGGUGAUAUGAAUCUUCAUCCAGAGUAUCGUGAUGCUUAUUGUACAAAACGAGACUACUCAGUCACAGAUGUUAAAAACCAAUAUCGUGAUCGUAGUCUCACUGAUUUUCGUAGAAAUCAAAAUAAUUGGCUCACUAAUAAUAAUGAUAAUAAUAACAGCGAUGAACAACGUGCAACGGACAAUCGCUCUCCAAGCCCUUCAUAUCGUCUUCACGUUUGCAACGUAGAUGACGAACCACGAGGCUUUCUACAACAACAACGUUCGUCUCUACAACACAACUCUUCAAGCCCAAUACAAGCUUCAGGCAUUGACGACACAAGGCCUUAUUCUCCGAGCUUUGGAAAAGAAUUAAAACAUUCUAAUGACAACAAUAAUCAAGCUUUCGUUGUUCUUGACAAUGCUAGUACAUCAGCAGUAAAAGUACCAGAAAGCAGUAAAAAACGUUUCGAUAGAAAUUACAACUAUGAAAGUAGUGAAUCUAGAAGAAGAAGUAGAAAUAAAACACCAUCUAAUUGGAUGCCUCCAUGGUAUGAUAAUACCAAUACAACAUGA